CACAAAUAGUUCAUUCCGUUUUAGUUAGUCCUACGAUUUGUUUCUUAUUUGUGAAAGCUCGUCGAACGGAAGCAAAUCUCGCUUUACCCUUUUGAAAAAUAAAGGAAGAAGUUCGUAAAAAGCGAAAGAGCCCAUCGAAAUUAACACGAAAAGGAGUUCAAUAAAAUUCAUAUAGGAUAAAAUGGGUGCCGACAACAUCGAUGCUACUGCCACCGCCGACCAGUCCUCGUCGGGCUUUAUCGAAAAGGAUACUCUGCCCGUGGGCAAGUACCUCCUGGUGGGUAUCGACAUAGACACAACUGGACGUCGUUUAAUCGAUGAGAUUGUCCAGCUGGCUGCUUAUACACCGACUGAUAAUUUCCAGCAGUACAUCAUGCCCUAUAUGAAUCUAAAUCCAGCUGCGCGCCAGCGCCAUCAAGUUCGUGUUAUUUCGAUUGGCUUUUAUCGUAUGCUGAAGUCGAUGCAGACCUUUAAGAUCAUCAAAUCAAAGUCCGAGAUCGCCGCAUUGAAGGACUUCCUCAACUGGCUAGAACAGCUGGCGGCGAAGGCCGGCUCCGGCUAUAAUGGGAUUGUGCUGCUCUACCACGAGGAGCGCAAGUUCAUUCCAUACAUGAUUUUGGAGUCUCUUAAGAAGUACGGCUUGAUUGAAAGAUUCUCUAAGACCGUCACGGCCUUCGCCAACAGCCUUCACCUGGCCAAGGCCUCCAUUGGCGACACUAACAUCAAGAACUAUAGUCUGCGCAAGCUCGCGAAGCUCUUGUCCAAGUCCAAGGAGGACAACACCGCGGUCUCUUCCUCCUCCGCCUCCGGCUCUGGCUCAGUAUCGACAUCCACUGAGGCCAUCGACAGCACCACUGUCGAUAAUAAUAGCAGCAGCAGCAGCAACAACAACUUUAACGAGAAGCGCUCUGCGAAGAAUGGCGUCAAGUUCGAGCGGGAUGAGUUCGAGGGUAAUGCCAGCGUGCGUGCCAAGAUGGCUUUCCAUGUGGCCCUUCAGAUUGCCAACGCAAUUCGCAAGUCUGAGCCAGAGUCCUCUGAGACUAUGGAGAACCUUUUUAACGCCUUGAAGCCGUUUGCCGAGCUGGUAGGAUCCGAUGUCCAGGAGCUAGACACCCAGAACGAGAACCUGGAGCGCCAGAACUCCUUCCGUCCGGUCUUUCUAAACUAUUUCAAGACCGCUUUGUACCACCGUGUGCGCGCUGUCAAGUUCCGCAUCGUGUUGGCGGAGAACGGUUUUGAUCUCAACUCUUUGAACACCAUCUGGGCGGACAAGGGCACCGAGGGCCUCGACAUGGCCCUUCAGUCGAUCGGACAACUGAAGGCCGAAGACAAGACUGAGCUUAUAGAGCUGUUGGACAGCUUCUUCGAUCCCAACAAGACCACAAUCAAGCCAGUGGUUAAGUCCAACAACAAUAACAACAACAACAAUCGUCGCCGCAAUCGCCGCAACACAAACCAGCCGCCGCCCAAGAACGGGGUGAACACCACUCGUUCCACCAGCACCGAGUUCGGGGCGGGAGGCGACAAGUCGCAGAGCGUGUCCUCGCUGCCGGACUCCACCACCAAGUCGUCAUCGCCCAACAAGACAGCCGGCGGACGUACGCAGCGCAAGCGCAACUCUCGCCACAGCCUGAGCAGUGGCAACGAAGCAAAGGUGACCGAAGGUGGUGCAUCUAUAAAGGUGGAGCUCAACAGCUCGGCCCCAGCUGCCAUACAACCGGUGGCCAUUGCGGCUUCAAAUUAAACACCUUUCGGUGGCUCUGUAAAUAGACCUUUCGGGAUGAUGAAACACACUUAAAACACCAAUUAAAAUAGGCAAGAAAUGAACGGGAGAAGAAGAGAAGACUACAAGCGAACUUUUUCCUUUUUGAAGAACUGCCACAGAUCAGAAACAGCCUCCAAAUUUUUGUGUAAUCACAAAUUUUCAGUGUACUAACUAUAACCACAAGUACAAAAGCCUACACCGCCCCCACACUCACGAGCAUGUCGGUGAAUGGAUGCAGAAAGGGUGAAGUGAACCGUGAUCGUCAAUCGUGAUCUGUGUGUGGUGCAGAGUGGCACGGCUUCAAUUUGCUGAUUAGAAGCAAGAACUGUUUAUCGAGUCGUUGUUGUAAGAACCCGGGCGAAGCAUUUGGAGGAUGCUGCAUUAAAUACACGAAAGCAACAUGCAAUAAUAGUAUUCGAAAACGGAUCGUAUAAUUAUAAUGAUGGAGAAGAAGAAAAAAAAAGCCGCAAAACCAUGAUAUGAUUGUACAGAAGAACCAAACGCAGCGUUUAGGCAUAGUUUUCCCAUGCGAACCGAUGCACAAUAUCGUCCCAGGAUGGACGAUCGGAAAAAUAGAGCCAUAAAACGCCUCGAUGAAAAUUUUGCAUUGGACAGGCCUCCUCGGACUACACAAAAACCAAUACAAUAUUUCCGUACAUUAAAGCAAACAAGGCCAGGCCUGGUCCAAUGUUUAAAACUUUCACUUUGCACACAGAACCAAAUCUAUACCCCACUCGAACGCAUGCACGCACACCAAACUCACGAAUAACUCAAACACAAUGGGAGGGAACACUUACAACUAUAUGUAAAUCCAAACAAGUCAAACUGUCAUAUUUCAUAUUUGCAAACGUUCCACGAAUUCCAAAUGAUAAUGUGAACACAUACGUAAAUCUGUAUGAAAUGCGUGAAUAAACGAUUGAAAUGUAAAAUGUA